AUGCUAAGGAGAUAUUGGAAAAAUUUGAAAAUUAGAUCUUAAAUCUCAAUAUUUUUAUUUGUCACCUAAAUAUUGAUUCUUUCAUUAAUAAUAGGACUUCUGUUUGUAAAUUUGAGUUUUUUGGAAUUUUACUUUGAAAAAACCUAGAUAGAAGUAUUAGUUUAGUAAGAAUUGAAUCUCCAAACUAAAUUAAUGAACUAUUCGAUUACAGACACUAAACUUUAAUUAUAUAGAAGCUUAAACUAAAAUUACAGAGUUAAAUAUCUCUUUCAAAAAAUUGAAAUGGAAUAAAUCAACUUUCUAUUUCCACCAUUUAAUUGUCUACAAAAUUUUACAAAUCUAGAUAAUUUUGCAUAUUAGUAUUCGUUCUGCUAUGGAGAAUUUGGAUAGGCAACCACUAAAUCCAAUUCCAUUGAAUCCUUUAAGAAUUUAACAAGUAGUUUGACAAUACUAUUGCAUUUAUUGGAUUGGGACUUAGAUUUGUCUAUAUGUACUAAUACUUAAGAAUAAUAUUUUGCACUAUGGCCAGGCGAUAAAUUUAUAGAUUACAAGCCAUAGACGAGACCAUGGUAUUUAUCGCAUUUAAGGUAAAUGUCAACGAAUCCAAAUCAAGAGGUAUUUUUUAGUGAUCCAUUUGUAUUUUGGACUUGGAAGGUUGUAAUGAUUAGUCAAACUCUUACACUGAAAUCUUAAAGUGGUGAAUUUUAAGGGAUAGCAGCAACAGAUUUGAAUUUGACUCUUUUCUAAAAUUUAAAUAAUCUCUAUAAAGGAUCAAACCGACUGUUUACUUUAAGUGAUGGUAAGAUUUUGAUAUCAAAUACUAAUUUCACAUUUGGUAAUUAUAUUUACAAUGAAUCAACUAUUGGUUUAAAUUACGAGGACUUCAUUCACAUUUAACACUAUCUACAGAAUGAAACCUACACUAGCAAUUGCCUCAAACUCCAUUAAUAUCACGGAUAUGAUAUUUUUUGUAGGUACAAUUAGGUCUUCUAGUAAGAUUAAGCAAUAUUUGCUAAAAGAUUAGGGAUAUCAAACUUAAAUUUAAUAAUGUAAAUUUAAAUAUUGAUGUAGCAUAUUUGAUAUCCUUCAAAAUUAAGAGUUUAUUUAGAAAAGCUUAGAUGAAAUUAAAGGAAGGUUUUUAGAAAUCUCUGCAUACUCAUUUUUCUUCAUCCUCAUAAUAAUACUGUUAUCUUUUCUGAUUAAUCUGAUAGUCAUUAAAUUCAUCACUAAGCCAUUGCAGAAUGUAGUAACAUCAGUAUAACAAUAUAUAAGAUCAAGUGGAUUUAUUUAUGAUAGACAUAAAACAAGGAAAAUAAUUAGAGAGAACAACCAAAAUGAUAUGUGCAGAUCAUUAAACAAUGUCCUUAAUCAUUUCCAAAUUUAAAAUAGUGAGUAUUAACAGUAAUAGUUAAUGACCUCAUAAUAUCCCAUAAACACCUACAAUUUCUCAAAAUUUUAUAAGACUUCAGAUUUUAAUGUAAAUAUUUUACUUAAUUUAGCUUAUCCCAGAUUCUUAUCUUUAGUAAUAAGAAAUAAUUGAUAUGGUUAUCAAAUUAUUAUAAUAGCAGUCCACCUUAUGA